AUGUCCGCUUUUUACUUGUCUCUCUCUCUCUCUCUCUUUUUACUUGUCUCUCUCUCUUUUUACUUGUCUCUCUCUUUUUUCUUGUCUCUCUUUUUUCUUGUCUCUCUUUUUUCUUGUCUCUCUUUUUUCUUGUCUCUCUUUUUUCUUGUCUCUCUUUUUUCUUGUCUCUCUUUUUUCUUGUCUCUCUCUCUCUUGUCUGUCUCUCUCUCUCUUGUCUGUCUCUCUCUCUUGUCUGUCUCUCUCUCUCUUGAUCGGCACCCAUUUACGAAUUUAUCCCUCGAUGUGCUGCCACCCUCAUGCAGCAAACUAGGUACAGUGAACAGUGCUGGUAUCAUGGAGGAUACUGUUGGCAAGGGGUUUCAACCCUGGAAACGUGAGAAUUGCUCGGUCGAUACGACCGCCACUUCGCCGUACGUCUCUCCUUUGGUGACACCACUGAGCAACGCCAGCACGGAUCUAAUCUAUUCAAGAAAUAAUGCAUUGGCUCCGUGUUCUGGUACUUACGCCAGCGACAUCUGUUGUCCAACGACGACAACAUUUACUCAUGCCGAGGGAGACUACUCUUCCGCUUGGAUGCAUAAACUCAACGAUGAUAACGGCCUUGGAGCUUCUAGCUUUCAAAGCAUUUAUCAUAGGGUUUCUCAAAUUCGUAGCCAUCAGCCAGAUUCCCUGACGCUACACCUCCCGGGUAGUCGUAGCCACAAUCUAGGACAUGACAACUCUUCUGUAAACUCAACAUCUGCUUGGUGGGACUUGCAGAAAUCACCGACUAAGUGGCUUUCUGAAGACGCUAACAAGGCUGGCAGAUUAUGCGGCCAGAUAACCACUGGUUAUCCAACCAGUAACUUGAUGACCCUGGGCACCAAAUCGAACUAUCUGACACCAACUCAAAGUAUUCUUCCAGACACGUAUAAAUCGAUAGUCUCGUCUCGCUACGAGAUUGGCUCAACAAAUGUGACCUCUUAUCUGAGCCCUUCUCGCAUCUCUGGUAUCAGUAACAACCGCUCUCAGAAGCGGUACUCUGGCCGGGGUAGUUGUGACUGCCCGAACUGCCAAGAGGCCGACAGGCUCGGACCGGCCGGGGAACACCUGCGCAAGAAUAACGUUCACAGCUGCCACGUACCGGGAUGCGGCAAAGUGUACAACAAGACGUCUCACCUGAAGGCUCAUUUGCGUUGGCAUACGGGUGAACGGCCGUUCAUCUGUAACUGGUUGUUCUGCGGCAAGAGAUUUACUCGCUCAGACGAGCUUCAGCGUCACCAGAGGACCCACACAGGAGAAAAAAGAUUUGCAUGUCCGGUAUGCGAUAAGCGAUUCCUUAGAAGUGAUCAUCUUAGCAAGCAUGUUAAGACUCAUAACGCUAGUGACGGGCGGAAGUCGGCUGGUAGUGAUUCUGGGACGACAGCUGCGGAUGGAGGAAGCAAUGGAAGCACAGGGACUGUAAAGACAGGGUAA